AUGGAUUUAUUACUUGUUUUUUACUUUUUAUGUGGUAUCAUUAGUUUCUCAUUAGCUUUUUUUAUAAAUAACAAAAUAUACAAUAGCAAUAAUAAUAAUAAUAAUAGCAAUAACAUUAUAAACAACAAUGAUAGAACCCACACUCAAGACCCACACCCAAUCAACAAUGAUUCAACUGUACAAUUAACCCCAAAUCAUCAAUCCCCACCAAACGCCUCUACCUCUGCACCAACAGCCUUUGUCUCAGCCUCUGCCUCUGUACCAUUAACCUCAGCCUCUGCACCAUCAGUAUCAGUAUCAGCAUCAUCUGCACCUGCUUCAUCUGUUUCAGCACCAUCAGCAUCAGCAUCAUCUGCACCAUCUGCACCAUCUGCAUCAUCAUCAGCAUCUGCACCAGCAUCAUCUGUAUCUGCAUCUGUAUCUGCACAAUCUGCCUCUACCUCUGCCUCUGCACCAUCCGCCUCUGCCUUUGCCUCUACCUCUGCACCAUUUACCUCUGCCUCUACCUCUGCACAAUCAACAUCUGCCUCUGCACCAUCAGCAUCAGUCUCUGCACCAUCACCAUUAUCAAGAACCAAUAAAUUUAGAAAGCCAGUAAAUAGUUCUUCAGGUGCAUCCACAUCAACUGGCAAUAGUCCAAUGAAGAAAAGACUAUUGGAAAUAGAUAAUGUAAAAAAUUGUGAUAGAGAAUUUUCAAAAAAACUUAAACUCGAAGAUGAAGAGAGUUUAAAAAGAGAUAGAGAAAUAUUUAUUGAAAUGGAAAGAGUAAGAGUAGAGAGAGAAAGAGAUGAAAAAAUAAAAUUAGAUCAAAUUAAAAGAGCAGCAGAUAUUAAAAGAAUUUCAAAACUUUACAGAGAAAGGGAAGAAAUGGAAGAAAUUGAAAGAGCUCAAAUUCUUCAAAGAGAAAAAGAAAUAAAAGAGGAAUAUGAAAAAAGAAAUUUAGAAAGAAUCCAAAAAGAAAAAGAAGAAAAAGAAGAAAAUCAAAGAUCAAGAUUUAGAAGCCUCGAAAGACAAAGAGAAAGAGAAAGAUCAGAAAUUGAAGAGAGAAAAAGAUUAGAAAAUCUUCAAAAAGAAUUACAAAAAAAAGAAAGAAAAGAAAAAAGAAGAUUAGAACAAGAAAGAUUGGAAAGGGACCGUUUAGAAAGGGAUGAUAAAUGCACCAUUUGCAUGAACGUAAUAGAGGCCAAUGACCUCGCCUUUAUUGAAUGCGUUCAUAGAUUUUGUUAUGAAUGUAUUUUCGAAUGGUCAAAAUGUUUCCGUACCUGUCCAAACUGCAGAAAACCAUUCAGAGAUGUCAGAUCAAAUUCUUUCUCUUUCAUUAUCCACACGUGCUCGCUAUUUAAAGUCUACAAUGGGGUACGCUUAAGUUUAAAAUCUGGUUCUUUCUUUCUCAACAUCAAAAGGUUUGCAAAGUAUACAUUGGGGUUCUUGUUCAUUCUUUCUUUUUCAUUAUCAAAAUAUUAUAGGUCACAAAACAAAUUUUGGGGUUCUUGUCUAUUCUUUCAUAAAUCAGAGAUCAAGCAUUGGGGUUCUUGUCUAUUCUUUCAUAUUCACUAUCGACACAUUUUAAAUCAUAAAACAAUCAUUGGGGUUCUUGUCUAA